AUGGCUUCCAACCCAUCCCAAUCAUGCUGCUACCGAGGGUGCAAACAUUAUGGAAAGCCACUGGGCACCAUCACAACCCUAAAUGGAUUCGAGGUCUAUACCAGCCACCCUCCUAACAAGUCAACGGAGAAUGGGAUCCUGAUACUCACGGACAUCAUUGGCCACCGGUUCACAAACGCUCAACUCAUCGCUGACCAGUUUGCGACGAAUGGCUAUUUUGUUAUGAUGCCGGACCUCUUUCACGGUGACCCUGUACCGCUGAACAAACCAGGCGAAUUCGACAUGCAGAAGUGGAGAAUGGGAGAAUACCAUCCCCAAGGAAAAGCUCAUCUUCCCAUAGAUAUCGAUCCUAUUGUUGAGACUUGCAUCAGAGAGAUGCAUACAAACUUUAAUUGUAAGAAACUCGGAGCUGUGGGGUACUGUUUCGGCGGCAAAUAUGUCGUUCGACACCUACUUCCGGGAAAGAUUGACGUUGGGUACACUGCGCACCCAUCGCACGUCGAAGCGAAUGAAUUAAAAAGCAUAAAGGGCCCGCUGGCCAUUGCUGCCGCCGAGCUUGAUGCCAUAUUUCCCGCAGAGAAGCGCCAGGAGACGGAGGCUAUCUUAAAAGAAUUGAACCUUCCCUGGCAAAUGAACCUAUAUGGUGGUGUCAAGCAUGGCUUUGCGGUGCGAGGCGAUCACGAGAGCCCCGUGGUGAGAUACGCGAUGCAGAGCGCGUUUCUGCAAGCACUUGAGUGGUUCAAGGAGCAUCUUAGUAGUUAA